AUGGCAGGUACAGCAAUCCGACAACAUGCCGCAGCCCACUCCUUCCACCUCAUCGACUUGGACCAACUUGACGACUCACAACCCCUCACACCAAAGGAUACCUCAUACACCAGUCACGAGGCCUACACAAGCCACGAACCGCGCCCCUCAACCACCUUCCCACACACACUACCACCGAGCUGCACAGACAACUCGGCAGACCUCAUCCACCUCGGCAGUUCGGACACGACUCUGCGAGAUCUCGCCUACUCGCCCAGCAGCCCGCCAGACUACCCCGUUCACGACUUCCUUCUCUCGGGGUACGGAUACGACCCGCUCCGUCCCAGCGACUCGUCACCGAUCCAUAACCCCCGCACGCCGUCGCCUUUCCCCUCUUCAGACAUCGGCCGCGAAGUCUUGACUUUCGACUACCCCCUCUCUCCUCCACCACCGCUCAUCAUGGCGACUCAGACCAUCACCUCUACCUGGGAGCAGGGCGGCGCGCGCCCUAACCCGCUCAACGCCGCCGACGCCCCGUUUGAGCGGUACCGCGCCUUGCCAUCGCCCCGGCUAUCGACCCCUGCGGCGGUCGUGCGCUCGGAGCAGACCGACAAGCUGCAACAGGCGAUCAUGGCCUCUUGGCGCGGGAGUGAGCCAGGCCCGGAGCGGACAGCGGCGAUCGUCGCCCUGCUCGCGCGGCUCACGGCGCUGGUGAACCGCCAUUCGUACGUGGACAACCCGCGUGGCAACCGGUACCGCGUCGACGUGUUCGGCAGCGUCAGCUGGGGCGGGGAGACGAAGAAGAGCAGCGACCUGGACUUGGUGAUUGUCGACACGCGCCUCCUGCAGGGGUACAUUCCGUCACUUUGGAAGGUGCCCGUCGGCGGGCAGUCGCUCGGCAGCUCACGCGGCUCGCGUACCCCUCAAAACGACAAGGUUCCGCUCAUCUACGACAUGUACUGGCUCGCGAACAAGCUGCGGAAUACGCCAGGCUAUUCAGAGGUCACGCCGAUCACCAAGGCGAACACCCCCAUUGUCAAGUUCAAAACUGGCGGUCUGGAGUGCGACAUCAACUGCAACGACAUGGGCGGGUGGUACAACUCGCUGCUGAUCCAGGCGUAUGCGCGUGUGUCGCCAUACGUCUUCAGACCCAUGAUCCACGCGCUUAAGAAGUGGGCAGCGGUGCAUAAUCUCAACGACUAUACAGUACGGAGCAAGACACCGACGACCAUGUCGUCCUACUGCCUCACACUCAUGGCGAUUGCGUACCUGCAGAAGAUUGAGGCGCUGCCAAAUCUCCAGAAGGGCGUCGUCGUGCCGCCAGAAUGCGACCCCACCGACCUGAGACAGAGGGACGCGAUCUGGAUCUCGUGGGGCAGAGAGCAGGGCCAGCUCGCGCAUAUCUGGUUCAGGCAGGAGGCGCCGGCCGGCUGGACGACAAAACACCCGCACUUGACGGCCGCGCAGGCCGUGUUUGGCUUCUUCCGCUACUACUGUGGGCAGCGGGGCGAGAGGGAUGUGUUCGACCCGCGGACGCAGUUUGUGUCUGUCCUCAACGGCGGCAUCCUGAUCCGCCCGCACCCUCAAAACACGCUCACCCGCGAGCGCCAGGACUUUCGCCAGCGAAUGGACCCCAAUACGUCGAGGGAGGAGGUGGUACGCGCAAUGGCCGAAUAUGACUACGAGAUCGACAGCCAAGAGAAGUACAUGGGCACGGCGGCGGGCAAGAUCGCCCCGCGCAAGUGGGACGAGAAGCGUCUCGUCGUUCAGGACCCGUUCAUCUGGGACAAGAACUGUGCGGCGGGCAUGUCAAAGGAGGGGCUGGACCGCUUCUUUAAAACCGCGGUCGCCAGCUACCGCCUGCUCGAGGACGCCGACACGUCGCUCACCGACCUUCUCGCGCUCAAGGUGUAG